GUAGUUUGACCCUCAGCCGCCGCCGUACGCGCAGUAUGUUGUUGUAAAGAUCGUUCAUCUCCAAACCUCCAGAGCGCACACGUGUGGAGCUGCCCGGAGCGCGCACUUUUACGCAUUUCCACCGCAUCCACGACCACCUCACACCGAACCCCGCCGAAGCCGAGCCCGAAGAGGGACCGCGCGGAGAGCCGCUGUGUAGCCCGCCGUGCUAGCUCGUUCGGCGGCUCCGUUGCGGCAUGUCGGGCGGGCAGAGCGAGUCCAGGAAGCGGGGCAAGAAGCGCUACGGGGGCGGCCAGGGCAAGCGCUGGAGGGGGUCCCGGGAGCUGGAGGUGGGCAUGCAGGGGGUCCUCAUCACCUGUAACAUGAACGAGCGGAAGUGCACCAGCGAGGCCUUCAACCUGCUCGGCGAGUACGCGGACAGGCUCUACGGCCCCGAGAAGCUCCAGUCCACAGAGGGCAGCAGUGAGGAGGACGAGGAGGAGGAAGAGGAGGAUGUGGACGCGGCGCUGAAGAGGGAGGUGGAGCAGCUGAAAGGAGCACAGGCCAAACAGCAGAGACGCUUUCAGGCUCUGGAGAGCGGAGCCAACAACGUCAUCUUCAUCAAGACUCACAACCUGGAAUCCGACAAACUGGUCCACCACAUCCUGUCUGACCUCCACACCACCAAGAAGAAGAAGUCUCGCGUGAUCCUCCGAAUGCUGCCGGUGACGGGAACAUGCAAGGCCUUCCAGGAGGACAUGCUGAAGUUCUUGAGCACGUUCCUGGAGCCCUGGUUCAAAACGCCCAACGCUGCGUCCUACCAGAUCGUCUUCAAAGCCCGCAACAGCAGCCACAACAAGAGGGAGGACAUCAUCAAGGCCAUCGCAGGUUUGGUGGGGAAGCUCAACCCCAAGAACAAAGUGGACCUGACCAACCCCGAGCUCACCAUCAUCGUGGAGGUGAUCAAAGCGGUGUGCUGCGUCAGCGUAGUCAGGGACUACACACUGUUCAGGAAGUACAACGUCCAGGAGGUGGUCAAGGAGGACACUGCCAAACCACAGGAGACGAAGGAGGAGACGAAGGAGGAGACGAAGGAGGAGACGAAGGAGGAGACGAAGGAGGAGACGAAGGAGGAGACGAAAAAGGAGGAGAACUCAGAGCAUCCGGAGGGCGAGGACACGGCAGAGGACAGGCACAGCACAGACGAGCACACAGGCACGGCUGAGGGAGAGUGACUGACCGGAGUCUUAAGUGGAGUGAUUUUUAGUUAAUUUAAAAUAGUGUGAAUGAUGCGUUUGCGUUUUAGAUGAACUGAAUGCACAAUAGAAUCAGCAACUACUCCUACUAGUGGUCAAAAAUAGAAUAGCAGGAAAUGUGAGGUAGGCAUUUUUGUAUUACUUCACCUCAGUUCCAGUAACAGAUUUUGGACACCUGUUUUAGAAUUGUGUGUAUGAUUUCUGUGUUUUGGCAACUUUUUUUGUUGGUACAUGGCAACAUUUUUAAGUAAAUAAGUUCCAUUUCUGAUUGAUAGUGUCAUGUUGUUUUACAUUAUUUUGAAUUUCUAUUAAACUGUCACACAGUCAGUCAUUGAAGAAUCAUUUCAUCUGUAUUUUGGUGCAAAUAAUUACAAACACUAUAUUUAAUAAUAAACUCUUAAACUCCCUCCGCUUGUUUGCAGACGUGGUCAGAUGGGUCAAAUUCAGUCCACGCUUUAAUAAAAAAUGUCCGUCUCUGUUCUUUUGCUCGGUAAAUCUUUAUUUCAAACCAAGGCCCCACAAAUAAAUGAUGUUUCUAAACCUG